AUGACUUUUGGAAGGACUCAGCUGAAAAAUCUGAAGCAAGCUGAUCGGUUGAAGAAAAUUGGGAAUACUGAUAUACAGAGUACAUUGAACUAUGUGAAGAAACUUCAAAAGGAUCAGCCAGGGUUCUACUAUUCUAUGAGAACAGAUGAGGAGAACAUAGUUAAAAGUAUUUUUUGGACAGAUUCGUCAUCAAGGUUGAACUAUAAGUUAUAUGGAGAUUUCAUUUCAUUUGAUACCACUUUUAGCACAAACAAAUACAAUAUGCCAUUUGCCCCAGUAGUAGGUAUAAAUGGUCAUGGAAGAACUGUGAUUUUUGGAUAUGCUCUUCUAGAGAAUCAAAAAGCAGAGACAUUCAGUUGGGUGUUCAAUACCCUGAUGGAAGUAAUGGAUGGAAAACGACCAGGAAUAAUAAUAACGGAUCAAGAUGCUGCCAUGAAGAAAGCAAUAUCAGAAAUAUUUGGGUCAGAAAUUCAUAGGAACUGUUUUUGGCAUAUAAUGAGGAAUGCGAGGGAAAAUCUAGGAACAAUAUUGAAAGAGAAACCAGAGUUUGGAAAAGAGUUGGAGAGGGUCAUUUAUGGAUCAAUCAAUAAAGAAGAAUUUGAUCAAGGGUGGAUUGCAGUGCUAGAAAAGUAUAAUGAAAUAGAAAAUUCAUCAUUGAAACUGAUGUGGAAUUCAAGAAGUAUGUGGGCACCAGCAUACUUCAUGCAUGUGUUUUGUCCAUUCAUUAAGACUACUGGAAGAAGCGAAAGCACAAAUGCUUCUUUUAAAGAUUAUGUGAAGAGAAAGGAUAGAAUCGAAACAUUUCUGCAGCAAUGUGAGAUAUUCCAGGAAGAACAAGCUGAGACAGAAAGAAGGGAUAGAUUUGAGUCAAAUGUUCAAGAGCCAGUGUUUGCUAGUAUGCAUCUGAUUGAAAGGCAUGCAGCUCAGGUGUACACAAGAAAUAUUUUUCUGAAAUUCCAGAAAGAAAUACACUAUUCUUCAGCAUACUCUAUAGAAGAAAUAGAAAACAAUGUGAAAUACAAAGUUCAUAGGUUGAUUGACCAUGAUGACAUUGAGUUUUACAGGAAGAGUUUUGAUAUAGAAGUUGACAAGGGCAAUAAUACAUAUGAAUGCAUUUGCAAAAAGUACAAGAGAGAUGGAAUUCUUUGUUGUCAUGUGCUAAGAUUAUUUACACAGCUUUGCAUUAACAAUAUACCAGAAAAAUAUAUCAAGGAAAGAUGGACUAAAGCCUACUUGGAAGACGAACUAAAAAAGGAGAAGCUUAAAGCAGUCGAGGAUGUUGGGAAAUCAGGUGAUGAAGCAGUAUUGCGGCAUGCUAUGAUGGUAAAUGCUUUUUCCGAAAUGUGCUCUAAAGUCUGCAAUGAUUCAGUGAAAAGUGAUGAGUUGAUGAGGCAAGUUGAAACUUUUUUCAAGAAGUUUGAGAGUAAGGAGGUUGCUGUUAGUCAAACCAGUGAGGUCAUGUACAAAGAUCCUCCAAUUGUUCAAGCAGUUAGUGUUGAUUUAGGGCACAGAUUAUUUCGGCCAGCAGAGAAAAGUAAGGAAAAAAAGAUCCAACAAGAGAGAGCUGCAGCUAAGAAAAAAGCAAAUCCAAAAAAGCAGGGUGAAAAUGAGAAGAUAACAAAGGCUAAGAAGUCAAAGCAAACAAAGACAAAGGAAGUUUGUGAUGUUGUUCCAUCUGUACAGGAUGCAAAUCUAAAUAUCUGUAGUUGA